CAAUGGGAUUCGGACAUAUCCGGCUUCGCAGCAGAGGGAAGUUCACUGUUGUCACUUUACAAAGGAGAACGUUUUCUGAUAGUGAAUUUGAACACAACAUACAGUAGGGUUCGAUGAGAGACAAGGAAGAGAUGGAGAGAGAGGAGAGAGAUGGUGUUUCGGUCUAAGACGGCCCAGCACUUCCCUCCUUGCUACCCUGCUCUGCAACAGGCUGCCCCAGCCCCAAUAGCACCAUGUCCCAGGCCCAGACGGGAUCCAUGGCUGGCCUAACGCCCCAGGAGGUAGCCUUCUGGUUAGGAAAGGCAGUGGAGUGGGGCCAGACUGAGAGCCCAGACACCCAGAGAGACACCUGCCUCCACCUGGGCCCUCUCAGGGCCUUCCUCCAGCUCCUCCUCACACACAUACACACACGGAGUUCCACCACAGAGACCAUGAGGACUAUUCCCUUCGUAGGCCAGUUCCUCCGGCCGCCUCUGCUGGAACCCCUAUGUCACUCUGAGAGCCGCUCGCUCCUGCUCCAGAGUCUGUGGAGUCUAUAUUCAGAGGAACCUCACAACGCUGUCGAGAGGAAGGCCAACCAGUGGAUACGGUGUCCGUGCUUUGUGUGUUUCCAGAGUUCCACCACAGAGACCAUGAGGACUAUUCCCUUCGUAGGCCAGUUCCUCGGCCGCCUCUGCUGGAACCCCUAUGUCACUGCGGGUGCUGAGAGCCGCUCGCUCCUGCUCCAGAGUCUGUGGAGUCUAUAUUCAGAGGAACCUCACAACGCUGUCGAGAGGAAGGCCAACCAGUGGAUACGGAAUUUGUUAUGUCAGCUUGCUACAGAAGAAGAGGACAGUACAACACAUAUGUUAGUGAAACAUAUGGGCCUGCCACCAAAGGAAUACAAUGUAAAGGUUCUAAGAAAGAUGGUGUGGCUGCUAGUGGAGGAGGUUGGGGAGAGCUGCAGCAGUUUGGCUGACCCUAACCCGAGGUGUUCGUGUGACAGCGUUCUUGCUGCAUCAGUGGCAUGUGUCCCCCUGGUCACAUGUCCUGAGACUGCUCCUCUCAUUGGUGCGUUGCUGCAGCGGCCGGUGACCUGCGAUAAGGCAGCCCUCAGCCCGGACUUCCUGGAUGCUGUAAGCUCCGCCUACUCCAGAAAGUGUGUGUCUCUGGAGGCCCAGGCAGUGGUGUCUCUGUGGUGCCAUAACCUGGCCAGCCUAGAGGGGGCAGUGAUGUCUCUACUGGACUCUGUGCUCUCCAACCCAGCCUCCAUACCGCACAACCUAGAGAACACCAUCACUCACUCACUACUGCCUAAAGCCUGCUCCCAGCACAGCUCCAUAUUCUUAAUAGUGAACGACAUCUUCAGGUCCAUGCUGGUGCAGGUGGAGGGGAACCAGACUCUGCUCUCUCUUAUCCACACCUUCACCCUCUGCUUCCUCAGGGAACUGGCAGCCCUGCAGCCUCAGGAGUGUGUGUCCUUGAAGGCCUUCUUCCCACACACACCCCAGAGCUUACUGGCCCCUCUGCUGACCCAUCCUUCAGAAAUGGCCCAGGAGGCGUGGCCAGAACACCUGGCCUGGAUCACUGCAUCACUACAGAGACUCACUGAGGAAGAAGAGGAAGGCAACAGGGGUCAGUGUGGAGUGUUUGAGGCCUGGUUCCUGCUGGUGCAGUGUGCUGACUGGUUGGAGGUGGCCAGCCAGCUACUGGUCUCAGCCAGACCCCAGGACUGUGGCCCCCUGCUGUGGCUCCUCACCUUCUAUCACCACCCUACCAACAGGGGGCACCACCGGACACAGCAGCUGGUGGCGGCAAGAAAAGUCUGGGAUCACCUGAAGUCACUCUUCCUGCUCUCGGCUCCUCCCCUUCCUGCUGACCGACUGCAGUCAUUGGCCGGGCUGAUGUCAGCCGUCGCCCAGCAGCCGUCCCUGGACUCGCUAUUGGUCGUCAGCCUCUUGGUCAACUUUGCAGUUUUCUCCCACAACCCCCUGAGUGGUGCCAGGGAGAUAGUCCGCAUGGUGGUGCAGCAGUCAGGGCUGGUCCGUGAGGCAGUGUGCGUUCUCGACAUGGUUGAGCUCCGACUAAACAGAGAGAGAGCCUCCUCCAGCCUCACUGACAGAGUUAAGCUCAGGACCAGGGCUCUUCGGGGCACACUCACACACAUGGUACAACACGACACAGACACACAGCCACUAUGGCAGCGAUGGGAUACACACACAGCCGUGCCAGGCUGUUCCACCAACCAGACGCUAUGACACUGAUCCGCACAAACAGACGCUACAGAUACGACAGUGGGAGGACAUACAGUCACAACUAGACACCCACACGUAUCAGGACACACGCUUAGCUGUGCAAGAGCAACAAGUCAUAAAACGUGCCCUAACCCUUCCACUCAGAACACAUUCCUCUCAUUACACACACAUGGGGAAACAUCCGUUGAUUUGAAGAAGGGAAAUGACAUGCAACAACACCUGAUAUGGACACAAUGUUUUUCUCUACAGAAUGUCUCUACACCAACUAUACUGCAUUGUAUGGUACAAACCUAUACUAAAGAAAUGUGACGUCAACCCUUCUUCAAGUCUCAUUAUGAAUAUGGAAAUAUUUCUCAUUUGUUAAUACAAUCAGAGUAAUGGUCUAUAACCUGAUCUGAGUCAUGUUUUUUUGAUUCUGUAUAUUAGCAGACUCACAUGUAGGACAAAACAAUAAACUCAUAUGUACAGUACCA